AUGGCCGUACCGGUUUUCACCCAUGGAUUGGACCUGACUGAUUGGUAUUUAGGCUUCUCUCAAUCGAUCGGGACUGUCCAAUCUUUCCUUCAACUAAAUCAGUUGAGCGACUAUUCUGCACAAGACAUUGGAUGGAUCACGGGCUUAGACACAGCUCUUUCGCUAUUGUGUGGCUUUCAAGUCGGCCCUUUGAUGGAUCGCUAUGGUCCUAGGCUUCUAGCGCCAGUUGCAGUUGGGCUCACCGUCGCAAAAUUCUUCCUUCUCUCCGAGUGUAAAAAUUACUGGCAGAUUUUUCUCUGCUUAGGUGUUCUGGGAGGCAUUGCCUCCGCGGUAGCCUCAACUGUCGCAAUAUCAGCAGUAGGCAAGCUGUUCAUCCGCCGUCGAGGCCUGGCAAUGGGUGCAGCGAUGGCUGGAGCUUCUUUGGGUGGCAUCACCUUUCCACUAGUCCUCCGCAGGGCUUUCCCGGCUUUGGGCUGGUCAUGGUCUAACCGGGUGAUGGGCUUCGUGAUUCUAGGUCUCAUGACCAUUGGCAUGGUUUUGCUUUUGCCUUUUCCAAAACUGAUCCUACCCUCAGCGGUGUCGUCGAAGAAGAGAUCAGCAGCACUCAACUUUGACGCUUUCCGGUCGGGGCCUUUCGUCUUCAUAACGCUCGGGUUCUUCUUGUAUGAGUUUUCCAUCACUGGCGUGGGCGUGCUGUUGCCAACUUUUGCGGUCAAAGCUGGCUUUCCAUCUGCGAUGGGUUAUACCUUGGUCUCAAUCCUCAACGGAUGUUCAUGCCUAGGCCGCCUACUGCCUGGACUUGCGGGUGACUACGUAGGCCACUUCGACGUCAUACUUUUCUCGGCCGGAAUCCUCUACGCAUUUGCUGGUUUGUGGGGAUUUUGCACUGGCUCUUUCCUGUCAAUCCUUCCUGUGUGUGUGGGCAAGACUUGCGAUCCUAAAGAUUACGGAAGAUACUAUGGUACCAUGACAUUCUUUGUUAGUUUCAGUGCCCUCACGGCAAUUCCAGCAGGAGGUUCCCUUUUGGAAAAGGUGGGCUCAGUAGGGGCGUCGGGUCUGUAUCUUUCAACGGUUGCUCUGGGGGGCUUGAGCUUCUACACAGCCCGCUCCUUGUUAAUUGGGAAAUUUCUUGUUUUCAGAUCAAAUAUCUAG